AUGCACUACACUAUUUUUACUACUACUACUACUACUACUACUACUACUACUACUACUACUACUACUACUACUACUACUACUACUACUACUACUACUACUACUACUACUACUACUACUACUACUACUACUACUACUACUACUACUACUACUACUACUACUACUACUACUACUACUACUACUACUACUACUACUACUACUACUACUACUACUACUACUACUACUACUACUACUACUACUACUACUACUACUACUACUACUACUACUACUACUACUACUACUACUACUACUACUACUACUACUACUACUACUACUACUACUACUACUACUACUACUACUACUACUACUACUACUACUACUACUACUACUACUACUACUACUACUACUACUACUACUACUACUACUACUACUACUACUACUACUACUACUACUACUACUACUACUACUACUACUACUACUACUACUACUACUACUACUACUACUACUACUACUACUACUACUACUACUACUACUACUACUACUACUACUACUACUACUACUACUACUACUACUACUACUACUACUACUACUACUACUACUACUACUACUACUACUACUACUACUACUACUACUACUACUACUACUACUACUACUACUACUACUACUACUACUACUACUACUACUACUACUACUACUACUACUACUACUACUACUACUACUACUACUACUACUACUACUACUACUACUACUACUACUACUACUACUACUACUACUACUACUACUACUACUACUACUACUACUACUACUACUACUACUACUACUACUACUACUACUACUACUACUACUACUACUACUACUACUACUACUACUACUACUACUACUACUACUACUACUACUACUACUACUACUACUACUACUACUACUACUACUACUACCACUACGACGAAUACUAAUACUACUAAUGUUAUUUUAUUUAGAUCUAAUUAA